GGCGGUCGCGGGUGGGCUGGAGCCAGCAUGGCGGAGCCCGGGGACGGGGCGAGUCUGGAGGCGGCCCCGGAGGGGUCAGAGGCGUUCUUGCUCAUGGCGGGCGGAGAGGGGGACGCGGAGGAGAUCGUGGAAGUGGUGGACCUUGGGGCGCCUGGACCUGAUGAUCUGGCCGACGAAAUGGAAGAUGUGGAUUUAGAUGAAGAGGAGGGUGCUUGGGAGGCAGUGGAGGAAGAUGAGGGGGUGGAGGAAGGCAUGGAGGCCCCAGAUGACAGUGAGGUGACAUUCUCUAAGCACACAGCAUCCGUUUUUUGUGUCGGCCUCGAUCCCAAGACCAACACGCUAGCAGUGACGGGGGGUGAAGAUGACAAGGCCUUUGUGUGGCGCCUCAAUGAUGGCGAGCUCGUCUUUGAAUGCUCAGGUCACAAAGACUCUGUCACUUGUGCUGGUUUCAGCCAUGACUCUACGUUCGUAGCCACGGGUGACAUGAGUGGACUGAUCAAAGUCUGGCGGGUGGACACCAAAGAGGAGAUCUGGUCUUUUGAAGUGGGUGACUUGGAGUGGAUGGAGUGGCACCCUCAGUCCCACGUCCUCCUGGCGGGCACAGCCGACGGCAACUCCUGGAUGUGGAAGAUCCCUAGCGGAGAGUGCAAGACCUUCCAAGGGUCAAACUGCCCAGCUACUUGUGGCUACGUCCUCCCCGAUGGAAAGAGAGCUGUCGUCGGUUAUGAAGAUGGGACAGUGCGCAUCUGGGAUCUCAAGCAGGGCAACUCACUUCAUGUCCUAAAAGGUCAGGAUGGGCACCAAGGCCCGUUGACUUGCGUGGCCAGCAACAAGGAUGGCAGCCUGGUCCUGACGGGCUCCGUUGACUGCCAGGCUAAGCUAGUGAGCUCUGCUACUGGGAAGGUUGUGUCCGUGUUCAAGGCAGAGAGCGUGGUCCCCAAGCCUUCAGCAGGAGAAGCUGAGGAGGCUGAAUCCAACUCGGUUGAAUCCCUGGGCUUCUGCAAUGUGAUGCCGUUGGCAGCUGUUGGCUAUUUGGAUGGGACCUUGGCUAUUUAUGACCUUGCCACGCAGACUCUGAGACACAAGUGCCAGCAUGAGUCAGGGAUCGUGCAGCUCCUGUGGGAGGAGAGCUCCCCUGUGGUCUACACCUGCAGCCUGGAUGGGGCUGUGUGCCUUUGGGAUGCCCGAUCAGGCAAGCUGAUCAGUGAGUACCGGGGCCACACGGCAGAAAUCCUGGACUUCGCUUUGAACAAAGAUGCUUCCAUCGUGGUCACCACUUCCGGCGAUCACCAGGCCAAGGUGUUCUGCGUGCAGCGCCCUGACCGCUAACGGCGCUUCCCCCGGGCAGCAACUGGCGCUGUGAAGGAACGGGCCCAUGUGGAUGCAGGCGGCCGCACCAGCCGGACUGUGGUGGGGUGGGCACAGUGAGGGUAAACGCAUCUAAGGGGGGCAUCUAACCUUUUUUGGGGGGGGGAUCAUUGUUUUGUUUUAAGGGGAACGCUUUGCCACCCUAUCCCCUGAUCGCUCCAGGGCUAAUUUCUGGGAUUUUGUAUGAGAAGAUUUUAAUUAUUACACAUGCCCUGGUGCUUUGUAGAGUUACAAAGCUGUGAGAACGCAGGAGGUCCGAUCUGGGGAUGGAUCCUUGGCAUGUCAAGUGUCGGGGAAGGUGUGCCACACCUCAGAAGAACCUCUACCUUUUUUCCAGGCUCAGGUAUGGCUUCCCCUUGCCUCGCUUCUUUGAAGAAGUGUGCAGAAGAGGCCCCGUCUUCCAUGCCCUCUCCCCAUAAGCUGGGAAGGGUGGACUGCGUCACUGCUUCUGAAAGAAUGAGGAAGCAUGUCCUUUCCCUCAUGGAAACUGCGGCCCGUGGUGUUUGGACAAGCAAAUCCUGUGGCUGGGCAGUGAGAAAUCACUGCUGGCUUGAAUUCUGAUGCUCGCGAUUUGUCUGGGGAACAUAAUGUCUUGGGAGGCUGAAUAGGCCAGCCUGGGCUUGAUCGUUCCACCUGUUAGAAACAACGACACCGUGACUUAUUGAAACAAUCGGUCCCACCUUUGCUAUCGGAAGACACCAUGAUGAAAUAAGAAAGAAAGGUUACCAUCUUCGCAAGGGCCUGCUUUGGUUUUUUGGCCUAGUUGACUGUGGUCAAAUGGGCAGUCGGUUGAGCAGCGUCCCGGCCAAGGCUAGCCUUUGACGGAUGCCUGCCCAUGUCCCUGCCAAGGUGGAAAGUGGAACUGAAUGCACGUCAAGGGGACAGGAAGCCACUCCUGUCCCUCUACUAACCAGCUGAGUCAGAGGCCCUUGUUUUACAGUGCGCAAAGAUUCUUGAUUACAGUAGGGGCGGGCAGCUUGUAGACCAAACAACUGGAAGUCCACAACUCCCAUCAGCCCUCACCACUGGCUCUGCUUGGCAGGGCUCAUGGGAGUUGUAGGCCAAAAUCCCUGGAGGGCCACAAGUUGGCCACCCUGUCUUAUAGGAUAGCAGGCCUUUCCUUGUUAGCAGCCAAAUGUCUGACUACAGAUGCAGCUGUUCUGCACGUGGUUUGAUGCUGUGAUGGGGGGCUGCCUUUGUGCCAGGGCUUGUGCCUCAUGUGCUGACAGACUGAGCAAGGAGGAAGGGCUCUGAAUUAGGCCCUGCAUUUUUGCCAGCUAUGGUCAAAUUCCUUCCGUGCUGUCCUGUGCUGAGAGGGACAGGAUAGAAAGGAAGGGGUGUGUGUGUCUCCUAAGAGAACUAUAAGAGGGAGGGGUUCAUCAGGUGUAGUUUACUCAGCUUCUGCCCCAUAACCACUCAUGUCCAGGAGGCUUUUUCAGGGUCAUUCUUCACCAACUCCUGGGCGAAGGCAUUCCAGAGAAGUGGAGUGUGCCACGGGAGAGCGUGUGUCAUGCACCACACUCCCCACUGUUCUGGAUGAUGAGUCGCUCUUUGUGUAUUAUGAUCGCAACCCACUGGCAACCCCAAGCCAGCCAAGCCUUGCAUGGCGUUAUCUGUUCAGAGGACCAGCUGGGGGAGGAUUUUCGCAACAGUUGGGAUGGAAGGAUAAUCGGGUAUUCAUAACAAGGUGCCGUGUAUCUAUUUAGGAUCUAUCCGGUAGAUUCUCUUAGGAUAAGAGGAAGAAAAGCUGGAGUGAAGCUUGGUUCAGAGAGCCUGUCCCAGUCCCACUAGCAUCUAAUUUGAGUGCUCUCUCAGUGCCCCUUGAGUUGUUCAAAUGUUGUCUGGAAAAUAUGCUCUCUGCCCAACUCCUGCCCUUUGUUCUCCCUGGAGGGUUUGUUUGGAUUUUGAUACUUAGUAGGGCCUUCAGUCUUAUCCUCCAGUUGAAAUCAGAGUUAACCAAUGAUGGGAAUGGUGCGUUCUGACUAGUGCUGUUGACGCAGACUAAAUUCCAGCAGCAAAUUGCUGCUUUUCCCCAUUACGCCAAUUACAUUAGUGUACAAGUAUUGGUUUACACUAGGGCAACAUCAGUAAUGCCAGCAGGAGCGCACUGUUGGAUCCUCCCCUAGUUCUGUGCUGGCCUGCUGAGCCUUUGUUUGAUGAAAAAUAGCCAUGAUUUAAAUAGCACCUCUUCCUUCUGCUCCCCCCCCCCCAAGGUUGGGAACCUGCUCAAACUUUCCCACACAGGAAGCUCUUUAAUUUCCCCACAUCUCUCUUCUGGUGCUAUCAUCUUCCCAUUUGCCCCAGUAAUCUGGAAAAGAUGUGCACAUUGAUCUUGAAGGUGUCCGUCAAGUGUGUUUCAAUUUGUUUCUUGUUUUCAGGCCCAGUUUUAGUGGAAUCAGCCCAAUAAUUCUGCCUUCAGUAUCUGUCAUCUGGCAUGGGAGGGCCGGGUUGCUGUUUGCACACAACCUCCUGAACCAGCCUUCCCUCCUGAGUGGUUUCUGUCAGGGAGAUCUCUUUUCUCUCGGAUUUUGGUUCCCCCCACCCCACGCCUGAUUGUCCAGUAGACUUUGACGGCCUAUGCUUGAAGGGGCCUCCUGCCCUUUGUUGACGUAGGGGAAUUUGUAGGGUGGUGGAAAUAUCUCUAAUUCCCUUCCUCCUUCCACGCCCGUUCUUCACCGUUGAUUGGAAAAGCAGAUGGAUGCUUCUCUCAUGGAGUUAAGAGUGCUUCGGCGAUUUGAUGGAAGGAGUGCUAGUGUUACCCAGCCUGCUUUCUCAGCCCAGCUCACCCUUCUUAUUAAGCAUAGGCUCACUUCCCCUUGUCCUUCCUGAACCAGUCGCCAGAUGAUAGACCGAAGUCUCAUGAAAUCAGAGUGCCAUGUCACAAGUAGGACUGGGCAAAUCUGUCCGUUUCAGUUUCACUCAGCUUCGCACUUUCCCCCAACCUGGAGUUCAUUUUGUGUUUCUCCUAAUAUAUGCAGUUUGUACGCACUUUUGCCUAAUUUGCGUUUCUGACAAGUCAUUUCCCAUAACACAAUGUGUUUUUUGUACAUGGCUUUCAUUGAUGUAUGCAUUGUCAUGCACACUUUCCUCUAGUAUAUGCAUUUUUGUCUGCAGAGUUUUGAUUGGAAAACUGCAAUGAGAAAUUUGGAAGGGUAUAAAUAUUGAAGUAUAGCUGUGUUUUAGUUCAUGUAUUGGUUUGAGAGGGGGGAAAUAGGUAAGCUUGCAGAAGAAUUUCUUCCCCUAUCCCUAGUCAUGACUGUAGUUUUAGAGAAACUGCUACAGCGUUUGGUACAGUGUGGCCUUGCUCCUGCUGUGCCAUAAAAUCCUGAAUAUGGCUUGCCCUCCUAGGCCUGUGCCUCCCUGCAAAGGGUCUCAAGGCGUUGUUUGCAUUUUUCUUAGGGAAAUCUGCAACGUAACCGACCCUUACACUAGGCCCAUCACAAGCACCACCACUUGAAAACCUGAGGGAGGGUUAAUUAAAACCUUUCCCCUAGCUAUGAGGGAAACAGGUUUAAUUCAGGAUCUGCUCUAAAUAUACUGUGGGUAUAAUCUGGUGUGGGUGUUUCAUAAUUGUAAGGCAGGUAAAUAAUGCCAAGCUGACACGUGGUAUUUGGUAGCUAACAAAAUAAUAAGUGUAUUGUUCUUUAAAAGCUUUAAAUGAAAAUAUAAUACUUUCAAUCCUGCCUAAUCUAAACUCUCCACACAUCAACCACCUCACUGUCUUCACACCAAUCCUAAAUCCCUAGAAUCCAAACACCUCAAUAAACAACUCUCUCACUCAAUCCUCAAACUCACACCUCACAAACUCCCAACACUCUCCUUAUAUACUCCUUCCCCUGCAUCUAUUACAUCAUAAACCACACCCACUCAGUUCUAACAUUCCGUACUUUCCAGACAUACUAAUUCAGACAUAUACUGUAUAAUCAGUUGUGGGAUAACGCCACAAAAUCCUCUUCCUUUAGCUUAAUAUUUACCAUACCUCAGGUCAUAGUGGUGGGAGAUCCUAUCAUUCAGAGUUGCUUUCUUGGCCCCAUGAGGGGCACAAAUGCUCCAUAAGUGUAAAUGCGAGCCCUUAGAAAUGACCUAUAAUAUUUGGAAACGACAUGUGGUAUGGGCCUUCAGGGAUUCUACCACUUCAAAAUUCAGGCGGGAGAUCCUAUAUUCCACUGGAUAUUGGAAUAUAUGGUGUGUGGAGUGGAAGCCCCACCCCAUGCAGUCGCAACUCCUGUCUCUCUCAACCCUUAAGCAUGUCGAAGAGAAGGCUAGGUUAGAAUUCAUUUUUUGAAUAACAGCUUUCCAUGGGGAAGCAGAUGUUGAUAUAUUAAUGCAUUCAAUCCCCAGCGUCUACGUUUUCCAACCCAGCGGCCUUUAGAUGUGUUGGACUGCAAUUCCCAUCAUGCCCAGCCAACAUGCUUCUUUACAUUUUAAUGGUAGCUUUGGUUCAAGUGAAAUGUUUUGAGACCAGUGCAGGAAUAGUCAAGGGUGGGAAGGCGGAAUCUCCCAAGUGGCUGCAUUUCCUAGGAGUGGGCUUAAAUCUGUUUGUUUUGUUUUUCGUGGCCAAUUGACCUGCUUUCUCCUGGGUGUGCUCGAAGCUCUGUUAUGUUAGAUGACCAGAUUGCCUGCUCCAGAAAACAGGCAUCCUGCUUGUGUGGGCAUCCUCCGCCAUCAACGGUAAAGGAACAGCUAACUGUGUCACAAGGAUAAAUCAGGGAUACCAUGAGGACCUGGCUGAUGUCUUGUGGGGACUCAUGUUGAGAAUGCUGUGAGAUGGGUCUGUGCCCCAGCUCAGCUAAGGUAUUAAAACAAUCUCCGAUCCCCCAUCUGUAAAAUAAUAAUGCAGCCCUCCCUACCUCACAGGGGUGUUGUGAGGAUUGGUGAUGAUAAAGUGCUAUCUAAAA